AUGGAAGGAUACUAUCCUUCCAAUCAGCUGCCUACUCAGGAGCAGCAGAGGCAGCAGCAAAACAAUAUCAACAACACGCAUCAGCAUCAGCAACAGCAACAGCAGCAGCAGCAACAGCAGCAGCAGCAGCAGCAGCAGCAGCAGCAGCAGCAGCAACAAAUGCCUCCCGGCAUGAGUAUGCCACGCAGCAACACAUUUGCUGGUCAAUUGAUGGGCAAUCCAACACUACUCCAGCGCCGUGCAAGCGCUUCUCUCGGCUUCGGAGCGCGGCAGCUGUCGGACGAGGUAGACGCCAGACGCAUGUCAUUGGUAGUAGAGCAAGGAGCAAUGAAUCCGCCAUCCGCAACUGGGCCUGGUAGUUUCAUGGGAUUUCAGCCCUCAGCGCCACAUAUUAACAAUUUUUCGAUGCUGGAUACCUCGAACAUGGGCAACAUGAUGCCUGAUGGCGAUAGUUUUCCGAACUUAUCUCCUGAUGCCAUGGGCAACUUGGUAUCUGCUCAGUUCGCCAAUAUCAACAUGGGAGCAAUGUUUCCCAAUGCUGACCCAGGUUCAAGUGCCGUGCUCGGCACACAAACGUCACCAAACGCCAUACAGUUAUCCAUGCCCUCCAACGAUGCUAUGCAAUUUAGCAAUACUGCACAAUAUGACGCCUUUACCAACCCGCGUGAGAAUACGGUUCCGGCUCCCCUUCAAAUGAGCCAGCUCGAAACGCCCACCAAUCCAUCUCAUGAUCCAAGGCUUAGCGCGACUGCUCCUGGUGUUGAUCAAUCCAUCCCAUCAAUCCCCCGCCAUGAAUCAUCAUCUGGCUCCGCCGUUUCCCCCGCUCAAGAAAAACCUUCAUCAACCGGACCUACCCAACCAAGCGCCUCAUCUGUCGCCACGACCCCAAACGCUCCAGCGACUUCCAAGGAUCUUCGCGAGAGAUCGAUUUAUUCCAAAAGCGGUUUUGAUAUGCUCAAAGCUCUCUGGCUCGUUGCAUCCAGGAAGAAUCCCACAAUUGAUCUAGGAGCAGUGGACAUGUCGUGUGCGUUUGUUGUGUGCGACAUCACCAUGAACGAUUGCCCUAUUAUAUAUGUCUCUGAUAAUUUCCAAAACUUGACUGGGUACAGUAGCCACGAUAUUGUUGGCCAAAACUGCCGUUUCCUUCAAGCACCAGAUGGGAAAGUCGAGGCCGGAACUAAGCGCGAUUUUGUUGAUAACGGCGCAGUGUUUAACUUGAAGAAGAUGAUAGAAGAGAGACGGGAGGUUCAACAAAGUCUCAUCAACUACCGAAAAGGCGGCAAGCCGUUUCUUAACCUUCUGACAAUGAUUCCGAUACCCUGGGAUACAGAUGAGACCCGCUAUUUUAUUGGAUUCCAGAUCGACCUUGUCGAAUGUCCUGACGCUAUUGCUGGUUCUGAAUUUGGUGGCGUCGCCGUGAAUUACAAGCACAGUGAUAUUGGCCAGUACAUAUGGACGCCACCUUCCUCCGCGUUCUGGGAAGCCGACAACGGACAGACUUUGGGCGUUGACGAUGUGUCAACCAUUUUGCAACAGUUCAAUGCCAAGGGUAUCGCGUCCGACUGGCAUCGUCAGUCUUGGGAUAAGAUGCUUCUUGAAAACUGCGACGACGUGAUUCACGUACUCUCUCUCAAGGGCCUCUUUCUCUAUCUCUCGCCAGCCUGUAAACGCGUCCUGGAGUAUGAUGCCGCGGAAUUGGUUGGCAACUCAUUAUCAUCAAUCUGUCAUCCUUCCGAUAUCGUCCCUGUUACACGCGAAUUGAAAGAUGCGACCACCGGAGAUCAAGUAAAUAUUGUUUUCAGGAUUCGACGAAAGCAAAGCGGGUACACGUGGUUUGAGAGCCAUGGCUCUCUGUACGUUGAGCAAGGUAAAGGCCGCAAAUGCAUCAUUCUUGUCGGCAGAAAACGACCUGUGUUUUCCAUCAGUCGCCGAAAUAUUGAAUGCAAUGGUGGCAUUGGGGAUAGCGAGUUGUGGACCAAGUUGUCGACCUCCGGCACCUUCCUCUACGUAUCCUCGAAUGUGCGAUCUCUUCUUGACUUGCAGCCCGAAUCGCUAGUCGCCACAAGCAUCCAGGAGCUCAUGCGGAAAGAUUCGAGGCCGGAGUUCGGUCGCACAUUGGAAAAGGCCCGACGGGGAAAGAUUGUGACCUGCAAACACGAAGUUCUGAACAGGCGUGGCCAAGGGCUCCAAGCUCAAACUACACUCUAUCCUGGAGAUGCUACUGAGGGACAAAAGCCAUCUUUCUUACUUGCCCAGACGAAGCUGUUGAAAGCAUCCUCAAGAGCUCUUGCGCCAGCUAUUUCGACAGCGGGCUCUACUGCUAGUAGAUCGAUGCAUGGCCAAAUUUCCCAACCCGGAGGCGGCGGCCUAGCUCUCGGAAAUCAAGACGAGGCACUUGCGUCUGACGAUAACAUUUUCGAUGAGUUGAGAACGACGAAAUGUUCGAGCUGGCAGUUCGAGCUGCGUCAAAUGGAGAAAGUAAACCGGAUCCUCGCAGAAGAGCUUGGUGGCUUGCUAUCUAGCAAGAAAAAGAGAAAGCGGCGCAAGGGGGUUGGCAACGUGGUUCGCGAUUGCGCCAAUUGCCACACGCGCAAUACGCCAGAAUGGCGUCGAGGACCCAGUGGCCAACGCGAUCUUUGCAACAGCUGUGGCCUGCGCUGGGCCAAACAGAUAGGUCGAGUCUCGCCGCGCAACUCCGUACGCAAUGACGACUCCCAAAGCCGAAAGUCUGCGUCACCAAUACAUUCAUCACCUCUGCACAAGGAGGUGCCUGCAAGCGCAAACUCGUCUAAUCCUCAAGCCAAGAGAUCCGAAACUUCGGCUUCUACAGAUGCCAUAUCCUCUUCUACCACCAACCAGCCCACGAACCGCACUGUCAGUGCUGGUACUGCGAUGGCUUCAAUUCGAGAAGAGCGAGAAACUAGCGUACCUUGA